UAUUGAAAUAGAUCGAAUGCACGGAGGGAGAAAAGUGAGUUAUGGGAGACGAAGCAAUUACCCAAGAACGUGAAAGGCCGUUAGCGGCUCCUUUCAUCUUUAUGAUUGUUGCUGCUUUUCAGUUUGCAUAUUAUUGUCUUGAUCAUCUCAACAAGAACGGAUCUGGCAAUGAAAAAGGAAUUCAACUGCGUAAAGAAAUAAAACAAAUUUUGAAGCAGGCGAGCCUAAUGUCACAGCCAUCAACCUUUGCACAAGCAGCAAAACUCAAAAGAUUGGCAGCUGCUAGAGAAAGGGAACUUGCAAAGUAUCAAAAUUCAUAUCACAGAGAUCAUGUUCUGUAUUCAAGGGUGUUGCUCUUCUCAAAGUAUUUAAUAUAUGGGGUGCUUCUUAUUUGGUAUUGGCGUGUUCCCGUUGCUAGCGUAUCUCAACAGCUUGUGCAACCAUUUGGGAGAUUAUUAUCUUGGAAAAGUGGAGGAGUUCAUGACAAUGAAGUUGUGGUUGGGAUAAUAUCUUGGCUAAUAGUGUCAGGAAGGGUUUGCAGAUUUGUUCGUCAAACCUAUCGUAAACAUAGAUAAUUGUGAUUUUCAUCGUGCAAUAACACAAAUUGCAAGCUCCCAAAAUGUUGAUUUUGAAGUGGCAUGAGUAGAUGUUAAUAUUUCAUAGAUACAUUUGUAAUAAACAUUGUCUUAUAUUUUUUUAUCAGUUUGAUUGAUCAAUGAUUCAGUUUGUAACUUGUAAGUAUUCCAAAUAGCUUAAAGUGUUCACUUCUAGAAUCCACUGCUUCAUGUAAUUGUCAUGUAAUAUUUUAUUUUUCACAAGUGUUAAUGAAGAUUAAUAAUUCUAUCAU